AUGACCGCGGCACCAUCUCCUUCCUUCCAAUCGAAUCUGAGCUAUAGCAACAAAAGUUCUCACACCUUGAGACUCAACAUUAUGAGCAGUGUAUCCUCUGGCCAAACAAAUUCGCGUCAAGGCAAGCGGGCAGCCUGUGAUCGCUGUCGAGCGCAAAAACUGCGAUGCAUGCCGGGAGAUUCGGAUUCAUCUGGAAAAUGUGAACGUUGCGCCAAAGCGAAGGUGGACAUUUGUAGCUUCGGAGUCCCCAAACCUACUGGUCGUCCUCCAGUCACAGCUCGUCCCCCAAGGUUGACGUAUCAGAAUACCUCCCAGAAGACAGUACUGUGUGAGACGAUGUUUUUGCCUCGUCCUUCGAAUCACAUGAUCGACAGAAGCCCGCCUGUGUAUCAAGACUCGACCUCGCAAUCAAGCCACGCCCAGGCAAGCUUAUCUGGGCAUGUAUCCUACUCGCUCGGGCACGGAAAUCAAGAUCCCGUAAACACUCAGUAUGCUGCGUCCCCGCUCAACAACGAUAUGGUAAAGGAAUGGGCGGGGAUCUUGCCAACUCCACAAAGCAAUACGCAUCAACCUCAUCCACAAUUAUCAACCUUUGAACAUAUCAACAACGGCUUAGUAGACACAUCUAUCUCGCCUGACCUGAUGAAUCUUGAGAUGUUGAGUUCCGGGAGCGACUGGACACUGCCUACUGGUCAAGACCCUUCCUGGGCCUGUUUGACGCAUCAGAUGCCUCCAGAAUCUCGAUUCGAGCCAUCGAUGUGCCACCAACCACAUCUUGCUAGUGCUACAAUACUUGAUAGGUACCGUGAAAUCACCCAGAAAGAUCACGAAAUGGUGGAGCGCGGUAUCGGCCCGGCAACCGGAUCUUCUACUCCAUCCCAUGAACAGGGAAUGCCCGGAAGCUCAAAUACCGACCACGUAAUUGUCAAAGAAAGAAACGCUCCAGGUGACUUCGCAGCGACACAGCGGCACUGUAUGCAGCAACUUUCAGAACUAAACAUGGCUUUGUACGAACUCGUCGAGUCGAGCGAUUGUUUGCAACGUCACAUGGAUGCAUCAUCUACCAUUCAACCCUUUCCAUGUGGAUUUGCUGGAAGAGUUUUGCAAAACUCAGAGUGUUAUCUUGCCCUUCUACGGUCAUACCAGAACGAUGUUUCCGGUGUCGAAAGCGAGUGUGCCUCUCCAUAUGAUGUUUAUUCAAGCACGAGUACCGACGACAUAUUCUUUUGGGAGACUGGCAACAAACCACCACCAAGCAACCCCAACAUAAAUCUCAUAAGUUCAUCUUUCGGGCGGCAUGAGCGAGCAUCACAUUCGAUCGAUACGACUACAAUACUCCAACUGGCAGGUUGCUACCUUCGUUUGAGACAGGUACAUGAUGUGCUUUACACCACGAUAUGCAAAUGUAUCACUAUCAGGAUCUCUGAGCAUGAGCGGAUCAGUAGGGGCACAAACGUGAAGAGCUUGCAUUCCAUCGAGCUUCCAAACCAAGGGCUCUCAAUAUUUGCAGACAUACAACUGGGUGACAUGUCGCUGCGUGAGUAUGGAAGGUUCCAGAUCAAGUUUGUACUGCAGGUCAGUACACAUCUGCUGGGUGAGAUAGAAACUGUCUUGGGUCUCCCGGAAAAUUGCCGAGUUAGUAAGAUAGAGGAGGGAAAACAGAAUGGCAUAUUGAAUUCCACGAUGUCUUCUCACUUGAUAGAGGCACUCACCAGGAACUCUGAGGUAGGCAGAGAGAGGAACCAGAUUGCAAGCAUCAGAGAACGAUUGCUCAAGCUCCGAUCCCUGCUCAAAGGGACUAUUAAUAUAUGA